GCCGCAGGAGCGAUCGAUGGGGGCGGACCUCAGCUGGAUCUGGCCCCGAACACCAAGCAUCGCCGUUUCGGUGCCAGUGCCCGAGCGUCCCGCAGUGUAAGGAGGCGUCGGUGGUUCCGUCUACGAGGACAACUUUGAAACGAAGACAGUUCAGAUCUUAUUCUACCCGGAGGUUUGCCGAAAGCUAAAACCAGAAACCUAAGACGGAGUCCUAAAAGCGCCCGUUCUUUGUGUCUCACGUGUGCUUUUUAAAAGCUGAAUUUAAGCAACAUUAAUGUUAAAGAGCGUAAGAGUGUCAGCUGUACCGAAGGACUCCUGCGACCACCGAACAUGGCUUAGCGGGAGCAUGAGAGGCGACUGACAUCCUCUAUAGGCGAACUUCACCAUCUUUAGAAGCGUCCUUCCCUCACGCAGAGCAUGGCACUCCCGACAGAGGACACUCGGAGGGCGGCAUCGGGCACCAAGGCACGACACGCGGCUGUCAGUUUUACAACCACCAGAGAGAAGAUCCUGUAGUUUUUAAUUAACAAAAAAAAGAGAUAUAUAUAUAUACAUACACGUACAUAUUAUAAUAAAUAAAAAACUGCACCGGACGCUCAUAUAAAUCUCCAGUCAUGGGGAUACAACACCUCGUGCUCCUUUUAAUAUAUCUGGAUCCAUUGAAUGUGUUGUGCGCUGCUAUGAACAAGAAAAACAAGGGGCCCCCGAAGCGAACUCAGAAGGUGAAAGAGGUGAACAGCACCGCUGUGCCCACGAUGGGCAGCCGGAGGGUGACGCAGGUGCAGCCGCCGGCCACCGGCGGCCACGACACUUGCCAGGGCUACUACGACGUGAGCGGACAGUACGACAAGGAGUUCGAGUGUAACAACACGGACCACCGCUACUGCUGCGGCAGCUGUUUCCUUCGCUUCUGUUGUCAAUUUAAAGGGAAACGUUUAGAUCAAAAGUCCUGCACGAAUUACAAUACGCCGGAUUGGAUCAAAACCCAGCCCCCUUCGCCUGUACCGACGGGUGAAACCUACGAUCCGAAUCUGGAUCGGACGAACACAACGGUCUAUAUCACCUGCGGUGUAAUAGCCUUUAUUAUAAUCCUCGGAGUUUCAGCGAAAGUUGCGUAUGACAAAGCAACCAAACCCCCUCAGGAAAUGAACGUCCACAGAGCCCUUGCAGAUAUUUUGAGGCAACAGGGACCUGUUCCCAUAUCUCAGUACGAUCAUGAAAACAUCGCAACAAUGAAUGGUUCACCCAAAGAAAACACACCUGUCCGGACCUCCAAGAACCAUUACACCCCUGUACACGCUGUGAAAUCCAACCAUGGCUAUUUCCCCCUCUUGUCCCAAGGGCAUUAUGGAAAAGAAAACUUCCGCAGUGGAGGCCAAGAUCUGCAUAACUUCAUCUCCUCCGGGUUCGUGACUUUGGCACGGCCGCCUCUGAAAGCACAGCUUUCCGUCGACGGGAUUGGUCAGCUAGGCUGGCCGGGAGACCUGGACAUCCCUCUGGCAUACAGUAACCAGCAACACAAUUACAGCCACCUGGAUCUUACUGCUCUUACGCCUAAAAUCGAGAAACCACGGCUGAACAGGAUUCUUACCUCGCAGACCGAGCCCUACGACCUCUCCUUCUCGCGCUCCUUCCAAAACCUCGCCCAUUCUCCUCCCUCCUACGAGAUUCCGAUAAAAUCCGACUUAAGUGACAAGGACUUGGAUGACUACUAUCCCCGGAAGCACCAUUUACCGGAACUGCCACCACGGGCAAUGCUGCCUCUGCACAUGGACCAGCAGGUGCCCCCCCCGAGGCAGCGGCCACGCCGGGUGCAGCGCGCCAUGUCCCAGGACCACGUGCUGUCGCCCGAGAGGGCGCCCCCACGCGACUAUGGCCUCCCGACUUUCACCCUCUCCCCUUACCACGGCCGCAUCCUGUCAGAGGAGCAGCUACUGUCGGCUGAGCGUCUCCAAUCCCAGGAUCCCCUGCUCUCCCCUGAGAAGAUGCUGACUCUGCGUCGCCACGGUCACCGGGACAAGGUGAUGUCCCGCGCCAUGUCCCACGCCGACAUGCUCAUGCCCACCACGCCCGUCAUGGACCGGCACGUGAAAAAGAUACAUUUAGAACCCAGUCCCUCCGUCGAUGCGUACAACACCCUAACGGUGAACCAGUGCACCUCCAAGAGGCAGGCCUUCGCUUCGCGACGGACGCACACGGUGGAUCACCUGCAAUACAUCCCCGGCCACCAUCACCACUACCAACGCACCGCCAGCAAGACGGAGGUGACCGUUUGAGAGGACGGAGGUGGGGGCAGGGGGUGGAGGGCGUCUGUGAGGAGCACAGUUGCCAGGAGUAGCACGCUGGUGCGUCUCUUGAGUGCCACAAUCCCAUUGGCCAAGUAUGUCUCACACUUCCAAAGGUCAGACACGUUAAAACUAACCGACAAUAAAAUGCAUUUUCAGCACCAGCUUUCCGGUUUAUCGCACGAAUGAAAUAUGAAAUAAAGUAGCUGUUCUUUUGACGAAGGCUGCACCCUACACACUUAGGGUAUCUUACAAGGGCUUUAGAAGGCUGGCACGGGAAGAAUGGUACAGCUCGUCUCUGUGGUUUACAGUGUGAGGAGUGAUAUCAUACCGACGCAGAACUAGCACCAAACGUAUUAAACUACAAACAGGUGCAUUUCACAUACCUCCCGUCCGCGUCUAAACAAACGAAAGCGGCGUUAACGUUUCGACACGUGCCUCGACACACUCCAUUUAAAUAGCAGAACAGAUCAGCGGGUUAAAAAGCACAACCUACUGAACUUUUUUAAAAUAAAUAAACUAUUCUUUCAAUUACUUUUCUCUCUCAGUAUUGGCCAGCACAUAUCCGCUAAUAAUUAGACAAUUAUGAAAUAAUUUCCUUCAGGCAGACGAUUGUAAAUAGGCUAUAUUAGCAGAUGGUAUGAGGGGUUUGGGAUGAGGGGGUCACUUAUGAAAUGAGUUCUUCGCAGAUACUGACUGCAGUUUCCUACGCAACACAAAACUUCAUAAGAGGAUAGUGGCGUGUGUGUGGUGUGCGUGUCACAUCUGAAAUGUUAGAGGAGACGGAUGAACUGAGCCAACAUCAAAGUACACCGUAGCGCAACAUCAUAACACCACUGCUAACAAUUUUUUUUCACAUUGUAACCAUGCAUCUCUUGUAUGAAACACUGUAAUGUGUGUGCUUGGUUGGGACCACUGCGUUCAUUUGUACAUUUUGAUAAGUCUGGUGUAUAUAAACUUAAAAUCGAACUCGAAACGGAAUAAUUGCUGUCGUGAAAUGGUCACAUUUGUCGAAACCGUCCUGUGUAACGAUCGAAGAAAAUGUCAACUCAAUUAGCGUAGUGAAGAGAAGAUUUAAACUGUGAGUAGUGUGUUCCGAUGUUUUCAUUACGAAGCAAUGCCUUAUCUCGUGGGAUCUCAUAAGCCAGUGGAUUUUUUAGUCACGUGUUUCGUCCUUUCACACUUUCAUCGUUAAUUCCGUAGACUUGCUUCUCAUCUUUAUUUUCUAGCUUUCAGAAAUUAUGUAAAGUUGUACCAGCAACAUUUAGACAAAAUAAGCGAUAUACCUCAGACUUUUUGGAAACGACUGAUGUUAAGAUGGUUUACGUUACGUGAAGUUGUGGGAGGGGUGUUUUAAACCCUUUAAUAUUUCUACGUUUUUUUUUAAUGUGGAAUCAUCCAAAAUUGAGUUUGGCAUGCGUGGCCAAAAUUACAACGCAAUCUAAUAUUUUUCAGAAAAGAACAGUUCUUAUCGUCAGUAAAGAAGAGAUUACUUUCUAUAACGGUAAACGUUUUGGAAACAUGUUAAUAAACACUUGAAAUUAUGAUCGUUAAAUAUUCCCACAUAUUUCUGAGCCAUUAUGAAUUGUUAUGUAUGCAUCUGCAUUUGCAGACAUGCAAAUACACUGCAACAGUGACGUAAACCCAGUUAAGCCCGUGAGUCUCAUAGCUGGUCGGGUGCUUCCUGCCUGGAAUCGGUACGUCCCGAUACCCCGAGGAGACAUUCAUAUUCAGAUCGGGGCCAGGAAUCCGUAACUGUCAGCAAGAACUGAUGACUUACGCAAAAGAGACGGAGGGAAAGACUGUGAAUGUGUUAGGGCGAUAAUGAGCGUCACUGGGCAGCGCGGCACACCGCUUCGAGGAAAAGGCUGGUGCGAUUUUGUGGCGUCAUGAACUCUCUGCUCCUCGCGCUUAGUGUGCUACUAGUGAUCAUUUUAGAUCCACACUUCUAAAGGGAUUUGCUUUGUAGUUUUUUUUUCACUUAUUAGAACUUCUGUAGGAAGCACUCACUUGCAUAAAAAAAACUUAAUAGUACUGUAACAAUUUUCCUUUGAGGACAAUGCCUCCAUUAUGGGGUAACGUGGUAUGUUUGUGUUUAGGUCCACUUACAGACUCUGUGUUUAUAGUAGUACUGAUGACGAAAUAUCUUUGUAUCUGUGACUUUGCACAAAUAUGGGUUAUUCAUUGAACGAACUUCUACACGAGCUGCAAAUGACUGUUUUUUGCGAUGUUCUUGCUCUGAUUUACUCAUAAAAGUGCGUUCUGUAUAUACCGUAUAAAACCAUAACCAAUUUAGUAAUCAGCCUAAAGAACAACUUUUUUCCCCAAUUCUAUAAUUUAUUUAUGAAUCAGAAAUAAAGGAAAACAAGCUAUUUCUGAAGUGAAUUGUUAACUACCUGCAAAAAAAGAUUAAAUAAACAUGGACAAACUGCAGAACAGUUUUACAAAAGUGUGUCGACCCUAAAAUGCGCUGCCUUUCCAUCUCCUGCGGAAGAAAACGUUGAUCGGCGGGGUUCAUCUGGAACAGACGAACACAUCAUGGUAACUAAAUCCCUUGGAACUAAUGAGCGAUCGCGAAAUUCGACUGCAUUUGACGGCUCGCAGACGGCGGAACACGGCGCUGCUGGACUGGAGCUUCAUAGUCCGGAGUCACACCCGGCUCCGGAACAAAUGUGGAGACCAACGUACUUAAGCAGGAUCUUUUAAUAUUGGAUAUUGGGAUGAAACUUAAAUGAAACAUCAUUCUAUAUCUACCAAAAUGUUAGAAUAACAAUAUUAACUGUUUCACCAGGUAAUUAUGAUGUCAGAUAUUGAAAUAAUUAUGUCAUAUAAUCCAAUAGUCUUUUGAAGACUUGAUGUCGUUUUUUGAAAA